CCGGCACUAUGACUUUUCUCGUGGGAAAGCCGUUGACAUACGCCAUUACUGCCACUGCGGGCAGUGGCUUUUUGCUAUUUGGAUAUGAUCAAGGGGUGAUGUCGGGUCUGUUGACCGGCGAUGCUUUUGUCAAGACAUUCCCUGAGAUCGAUACCACCGAGGGAGGAAAUGGGAGUUCGUCGUUGCAGGGCACAGUUGUUGCUAUCUAUGAGAUUGGCUGCUUCGUCGGUGCCCUGAUUGCCUUGUUCGCAGGUGAACGCUUGGGUCGUCGUGCUUGCAUCAUGCUGGGCUGCAUUGUUCUCAGCAUUGGUGCCGCCCUGCAGGCCAGUGCUUACUCGAUUCCUCAUAUGAUUGUUGGUCGCAUUGUGGCGGGCAUUGGGAAUGGCCUCAACACGAGUACUAUUCCUGUUUGGCAUUCGGAACUGAGCAAAGCUGCGAGUCGAGGAAAGGGGCUUGCGAUUGAACUCGCCAUUAACAUCUUCGGUGUCAUGACUGCUUACUGGGUUGACUACGGCAUGAGCUACGUGCUCAACGAAGCCCAAUUCCGGUUCCCAAUAGCUCUACAGAUCCUUUUCGCCAUUACAACAUUCACCGGUGUUCUUUUCCUGCCGGAGUCGCCUCGCUGGCUCGUUGCACACGGCCGACCCGACGAAGCCCGCCGCGUCCUCUGGUCCAUCCAGCCGAACGCACGAGAGAUCGAACAGACAGACCCCGUCGUCAACCUCGACGUCGCAGAGAUUGCACAGGCCGUGGCCGAGGAGAACAGUGCCACCGAGGAGGGUUCGUUCAAGAUGGUGUUCAAGAAUGGGCCUCAGCGGUUCUUCCACCGCACGCUCCUGGGCAUGGGUGGUCAGAUGAUGCAGCAGAUGUCGGGUGUUAAUUUGAUUACUUACUAUAACACCGUCAUCUUCGAGCAAUCGGUCGGAAUGAGCCACAACACGGCCCUCUUGCUGGCUGGAUUCAACGGCGUGGCGUACUUCUUUUCGACGCUGGUUCCUAUCUGGACUAUUGAUCGUCUGGGGCGUCGAAAACUCAUGCUCUUCGCAGCUGCCGGCCAAUGUGCUUGCAUGGCCAUCUUGUCUGGCACCGUCUGGGACGGCAGCCAUGCGUCCGGCUUAGUAGCGACCGUCAUGCUUUUCCUAUUCAAUUUCUUCUUCGGUGUCGGUCUACUGGCCAUUCCAUGGUUGUUACCUGCCGAGUAUGCACCGCUGGCUAUUCGAACUCGUGCGGCUGCAUUGGCCACGGCGACAAACUGGAUCUUCACCUUUCUGGUCGUGGAAAUCACCCCCGUCAGUAUCAGCAACAUCGGCUACCGAACAUAUAUCUACUUUGCGGUCUUCAAUUUUUGUUUUCUCCCUCUGAUUUACUUCUUCUAUCCUGAAACUCGCAAUCUCACGCUGGAGCAAGUCGACCGGCUGUUCACGGGCGAUAAGGUGCUGUUGCAUUGGCAUCCGUCGAUGGGCGCCGCGGGGGAUCCGAACCAUCGCGUGGGCGAGAAAGAGGCCGAGGCAGUGGGCGUGCAGCAUGUUGAGUGA